CCCAGUGCUGAGCUGUCUUCAGCUAAAUGAGAUUAAAAAUCUCAGCAGCAUUUUUAGAGAUCUUUUCUGACAGGUGAACUUGGGGUUUGCCUGCCUGCAUCACUUGAUGUUGCAUAUUAUGACCACUUAGUAAUCUCUGUGAAACAGUACAGAGAGAAUUCAGAAAGGGAAUUUCCCUCAGAGCUAAAUACAGCCACAACUGCCUUGCGCAAAGUCACUCAUUUUAAUUGCUCAUCGGAGGAUGUUCUUGUAUCGUGAUCUUCUCCACACGUGCCAUUUUGGGGACCUGGGACAACACCUUCCAGAGUGUUCGCCAGGAUGCGCCCCUGGAGCCAGAAAGAAAGUUUAUCUAACAGAAAGAGUAUAAACUAUUUGUCUCCUGCUUCUGCCUUGAUUAGCCAGUGGCAUCAGAGGACUGAGGUGGUGACUAGCUGGUGUCUGCGGUCUUUGGCUGGAUGAGCUGGACACAUUGGUGCCCCCAGAUUAAAUGAGGGUUGGCAGCUAGACAGCAGCUCAUCUAGCUGCUGACCUCAAGGAUUUUGUCGUGCAGAUUCUGCUCACCGAUGGGAAGUUUCAUAUCCAGGUUUCCUCCCAGCUCUCUCCUUGCCAGUGGCAUGGAAAGGUGAUAAAUUCAGUGGGGCACUGGGCUCAGAGACACUUCUGUGCUAGGAAAAGCGAAUUUUCCCCCUGAGCCGGAGGGUGGCAGUACUGCAGAGAAGCCGCUCUCCACCCUGAAGACUCCUGCUGAGAAAUUCUGCCAGCUCCCGCUGUGUGCAGGAGCUGCACCUUGUGCUGCUGUGUGUCUGUGAGCCCUUCUGGGACACCGCUGCCGACUCCUCCUUCCUCUGGUCCUUUUCUUGGUUUUUGUUUUUGUAAGUAAUGAGCAGUCCUUAUCUCCUGGUAAGCAGGAUCAGCUCUGCCCUGCCGCCAGGCUAUCUGAAGUGUGCCGGAGUGGAGCACUGAAGUGGUAUCCAAGAUAGGCAUGUCUUCUUCCAAAGUUGACAAAAGAGCCUGUAGGACAAACUGGAAGCAACGUACAUGCAAUCUCCUGUAUGAAACUGUCUUCUUCUGGGAGCUGGUGGAACAUUUCACUAUAAAAUAAGCUAUAAAGCAAAAAUGACAGCCAAGCUAAUUAACGGGGAAGGGAUAAAAAAAAAACAGGAAAAAGGUGGGUGGUGGAAGGAGACACCUUGAUUUUGUAAUGAAAAUCACCUUCCUUGUCACUUGUGCAGCUCUUUGGUGUUUGCCAUGCCCCUGCAGGAAGGUAAAUGCUCAUUUCUGACACUCCUAUAGUUUGUGAUGGUUGUUAGCAAGCUUAUUGGACUUUCUCUCUAAUGAAAUCUCCUUCCUUUAUCAUUCCAUUUCUUUGUUCUAACAGAGUCAUAGGCUGAGAUUGGACUUUUCUAAAACUGACAUUUAUGCCUGUGGAAAAAGUGUCUUUUUCUCCUUUGCCCAGAGAAGUGUUUCACUUUGAAAUUUUCCUUUUUUCUCUGACCGUUCCCUUCACAGGGGAGUCUUGCCUGUCUUCCUGGUCUUUCACACACUGGUGCUAAGGCAGUGCUCCACAUCUCAUGUGAAAACUUGCUUCUUCAAUUUCUGUAUGAUAAGGUACAGCCCAGCUUUGCAGCUGUGCUGUCCUACCUGGGGCUGAUGUCUUUCACUGUAUCAGCGUGUUUUUCUCCGAGUGCUGUAGUUUAACGGUUUUCUCUUCCUCAGAUAGGUAAUUGUGGGACUUCCUUGGAUUUUUUUUCCUUUGUAUGCAGUUCAUUGUUUCCUCUUCUUCCUUUUCACAUGUCCUCGUUGCUAAGAUUUAGUUCCUGUGUUUUCUGAUAGCGUUUUGCACCAUUUCCUGGGAAUUUUACGUCCCCUCUGUAAUGCUGCUUUUGCCAUGGGAUGUUUCCUGGUCCAUGUUUCUUCCAUGGUCAGUGGUCUGCUUGCCUCAGGAGGUUCUGCUAUCCCAGUGCCUUUGGUCAAGUAGUUUUUCAGUGAUCCUGGUGUAGGAACAUCCAUUUCUAGGUGUAGCUGUACCUUCAGCUGCCUGUUCAGGUAAAACAAUGUUAACAGCACAAAGCAGCUAGUUGGUUGUCUUGUUUUGGCACAAAACUUAGGUAGCUCAGCUAGCAGAUAAAUGGAAGCAGCAACAAGAGAUAGGGAGGAAGAAAUCUCAGUGGGCACACCUGCAGCUACAAGAGGAUGACUGUAAAUUUUGGCCUAAUUUUUUUUUUCUUGUUGCCUUUGGUUGUAAUCAGUUAUAUUUAAUUUAGUCUUUGCUCCUUAUUGCUGGACAACACUAAUUCUUUCCAGAAGGAGAAAGUGACCUUUAUGCCAUGGCUUCUUCUUGGGUGGGUCUUUGGCUCUCUGGUGUCUUUAUUUAGAGGAAUGAUUAAAAGGAUGUCAGUGUGCUCCUGGGAUGCUCCUCGGAAGUUCAGUCAGGAGGCUUUUCUUUUGAAAGCAGCACUGCUUUACAGAUCCUUUGUUAUCAAGAAAAAGGACCUUGAGUUGAUGUUUCUUCUGACUCUGUAGCUACAGCAGAAAACUGACUUGGGGGAUUGUUGUCAUAGUCACGUAGAACAAGAUGCUUAUGGUAUUCUUCAAAGCCCACCACCACGAGGGGAGGACCUGUGAUACCUGCACUAAUCCUUGGGCAGGAGCUGGCGUCUGUUCAGGAGUUUGCUGUUCUAGGUAAGCCUGUGUGAAGAAUUGCUACGUUGUGAAAGCAAGAGUGCACUACUCCCUUACCGCUUCUAAAUGGUCUUGUUUCUGUUGGUGAACCAGAAUGUUUAUAGAUGGAGACUGGUAAUUUUAAAUGACAGAUUUAAUUAAGCAACAAAGUUGUUUUUCUUAUCAGGUUGUGGGUUUCCAUUGCCACUUGUAUGAUAAACAACAGCCAUCAUCCAAGGAAGUGUGUCCGACAGUCACUUGAGGCAGAGCUGGGAAGCCGGAGCCUGCGGUUCUCGGCCAUGCCUGCUGCCAGGUGUGCUUUUCUGGUGACCCAGCCGCAUCCCCGAUGAAAGAAAAGCCUUUCAGCUCCUCUUGCACUUGGAGACUCAGACCAGACUUCUCCGAGCUGCGUGCUUCUGUACCUGUCCUUCAGGCACAGCAGCAAUGAAUGUACGCAUCAGUGCUCUGCCUGGUGCGAAGGGAAUUAGCCAUUGCCUGCACACUCGCUUGCUGAAUUGUGCAGAGCUGGGUCUCCUCACCUACAGUCCUUGUUAAUGAGGCGUGAUCACCCUGCCAGCUUUCGUGGUGUGUUUUAGGCAGGUUUACUUCAGGAAGGAAAAGAGCCUAAAGCUAGUUGAUGAAAGUUCAGCUGCAAGUCUCCUUCUUGCUCUGGUAAAUAAUGCACAUGCUGUACCACGUGGCAUAAACGUACACAGCAGGCACGAUGGCGGUGAGUGGCUCUGGGAGCUGGUGGAGUGUGUGUCACUGCAGACUGCUUGGGGACUUUCAUAUGUUGGCUGCUGCCAAAGUGCUAAGUGGGCUCCUACAGCAACACUGAUAGAACAAGUAAGCAAACGCACACUGUCUAAACCAAAACUGUAGCAGCUUAUUGCAGCUGCUGGCCAGGUGAUUGGGCUGGCUGUCAGCAAGGAUCCUGCAGAGUUCAACAGAAACAGGAAGAUAAAUCCUUUUUAGUUACUUGUUAGCAAAAGUUUUUCCAAACAAGUCCCAGGUUUCCCAAUUACACACUUCUACAGAGAGUAGCAUAAUAGUAAUUAUGCAACAGGCCCACAUCUUUGGCAGUUGAACAGCUCCUGUGUCAAGCACCUCUCGAUUUACUAAUUUAUCAUUUUCUGACUUAUUUACUACAUUCCUAAAUGCUUAUCUUAUUUGCUGUUCUGUCUUGUCUGCACUAAGCCUGUCUGUCCCAGCGCUGGGAGUUCCUGAAUAGAUUCCAGAUGUUCUUAUUUGCUCAGGUACAUUUCAUGACUCUUCAUUAAAUUAACUCUUUAUUGGCUUACAGGGCCUACAGUAGCAACAGCCCUUCCUCUCUUUUCUCAUCCAUCUUGGUGGCUGUUGAAGUCACGACUCCUGUUCCACCAAGAGAAGGCAGCUGUGCUAAGGGGAACAUGAGAGCUGCUGGCUGUGCUUAGAGCAGUCAAGGAGGGGUAAACCUUCAGAGGACUCGCUAGUGGAACGUAUCCAAAUACUGCCACUUGCUUCUGUGCCAAAAAAUUCCCAUUUGCUGGCUUUAGACUUCUUUUUUUUUUUUUUUUUUUUUCCAUGGGGCUCCCUUGCCUGAGCCACCUGUCUCUAGGUCAUAGUACCCUGAGAAAAGCUGUUCAGCUAGCAUGGCUUGGAUUGGAGUUGUUUGUAUCAUGCAUUCCUGGGCCCUGGGCUGCCUUGAGAGAUAAGAUCUCAUGCUUCUGCAGUGGAGAAGGGGGUUCUGGGGAGGGGACCUUUCCUUUGCAGUCAGUCAACUCCAACAUGACCUUGUUUCUUAAACUGCAGAGCUUUGGCUUCUCUGAGCCUUUUGCUGAGUAUUUGCACAACAGAAAAAAUGGCUGUAGCUGGAGUGUUGCUGAGUGCUUUCCCUAUUCUUUCAAAACCUAUUUCUAAGCAAUUGAUAGCAAAAGAUCAGUGUAGUGAUGGAAGAGGCAUUGUCCUUUUGCUCCAGACCCUUGGUGUGCGCAGUGUACAGUGAGCUGGUUUGGUUGGAUUUCAGGCCUUGGCACACGGCGUUAUUAGAAAGCUCAUUGCUUGCAGCAAGUAGCCCAGUGUAUAGCAGUGAUUAACACUGAGAUUGGUGCUUUUCAUUGAAAUCUGCCUUUCCAGCAUAAAGCUGAACCCCGCUCUUGCGCAAAGGAGGGCUGAGAGCUCCCCAUGCCGCACUAGCAAUCGUGACAUCCUGUCUAGAGCCAACGGGUGAUGCUGUCUUCUGUAAGGCACUGAGCAACAUGACAAAAGGCUUUGGGAGGAUCUGAGCAGAGCAGAAAUAAAGCUUUCCUGUGUUGAAGAUAAUUGCGCACUGAACUAGCCAGGGAGCGACAGCUACACAGCUACUCUGGGAGGUAACUGUUGGUCAUCUGUUGGCUUUCUAGUCUGUGAGCAGAAAAUGCAGCCAUUUGUACCUGGAGAGUAAAUGAGUGCCAAAGAGCCAGAGGAUUAAGUGCUGAGUACAAUUUCCAAAGGUAUCUUGUGUCUGUGCAAACAUAAUUGUGUGUGAUGAGUGGGUACAAAAUGGCCUAGAAAAAAAAUAAAAAUCAGGUUUUUAUAUUUCCUUUUGAGUUUCCCCUUUCCUCUUGGGUGGGGAGAGAUGUAUUUUGCUUUCUUAUAGAGAUGUAUGCUUAGAUAUGCUGGUGGGAGACAGGGAUUUGGCUCCCACUGCACUGGCUGUGGUCCAGCAUGAGUGAUAUUUGUUAUCUGGGAUGUCAGUAAAAUAGCAGUGAAGAGAGAUGCCGCUGACUCAGUUGUACUGUGGCUUAUUAACCAAGUUCUGACUCAGCCUGCAAAAUUCAGGGGUUUUUUUAGAUUAACCCCCACUGGACAAGGCAAGGCUGAGCUGAAGAUGACACAUUUUUCUAACAGUGUUGUGAUGAACCUUGCAGAAUGAGUGCCUGUGUUCUCCUUGGGUAUGGGUGGUGGUACAGAGACACUAACAUGGGUUUAACACACCCAGUGGCUCCUGGCAACCUGGGAGGAGAGCAGGGAGAAGGUUUUGCCUGUGGUGUUCUGCCCCAGCUGCUGCAUAUGAGUUCGGCUUCAGAGACUGAGUUUGAUCUAGCUAGAGAAGCCUGUUUUUAAAGAGCUGCCUGAUGAGACUAGAUGUGCCAAGCAGAUGAUUAGCGGGCAGAGUGGCAGUGCGAUCCCUUUCCUGCCAGCCUUUUGCUGUGUGCCUUCUGUCCUCUGAAGCCAAUUUCUCCCUCUGCCUUUGCUUUGCCAAGUGCUUGUAACCGUGACGGGCUGCGUGCUGUGAGCACCGCUGCCUUGGGAACUCAGCUGCUCCCACACAGCCAGCGCUGAGUAACUGGGCUCCUACCGCUCUUAAUGUGGGAGUAAUUUUUGGUUUGUGAUACCGAGACUGCUCAGCUCUAUGGGCUGUGAAGGGUCUGUGAAAGGGGACUAAGAAAAGCACGUUUCUUGUCACCACACUAAAACAUACUGUGUGGGGUCUGCAUUGCCAUGGAAGAUCUCUCAGGAGCUCACAGACUGAAAGAGGUUGAUAAUUGCAGAUCUUGCUUAAUAGAGAAAGGAAAAUGUAUCCCACGCCUCCUACUCUCACUGACAUUGUCCUGGGCUAGGGCUGUGCCAACACCUUGCACUCAUUAAGGAGAGGGCAAAGCAAAGGGGCAGGGGGUUUCCACAGCCCUGAAAAAGGAGCCAGAGCUGGACUCCUGGUCUUCCUGGGCUGCCUUGGGAGAGAGGGGCUUUGCCAGGGAGUGACUCAGGGCAAGAACCUGCCUGUCCUGCUGCCUGCUCCCUGGCUGCUCCAGCCACUUUGGUUGUCCGCUCCAGGUUUCGCACGCUGGUUCUUUGCAGCUGUUGGUUGCUGGUGGCGAGGCAGGAGUCCUGGGGUGGCUCAAGAGUGUUCCUGCGGUGGUCUGGAGCUCAGGCAAAGGACUUCUCCGCACCCCUAAAAUCUCAGUGUGGCAGCAGCCCUGCAAUGGGGAGGAAGCGCUGGACCCAACUUCACCUUUGAAGAGCAUCAGAUUUGUCCGCUGGACUGCAGAGAGCCUGGAAGCUACUGCCCCAAGUACUUGCUGCACUGUGAGCCCUGCCAGGUUUCCUGCCUCCGUGGGCAGGGUCUGGCCGCGCUCCUCCUACAGGGCCAGUCAUUUCCCCUCCAUCAGCUCCCCGUGGGUCCCCACAGAUGUUGUAUUUUCACUUGUCAAAUCUCCACCUAGCUCUGAUCUGCGCCUGCGGUGUGCUCUUUGACGUACAAAGGCAACUUCUUCCUUACCCUGGGUAAGGAAGCUUCUGUUUCCCCACCACGUGACGCUGAAGGACACGGUCAUGUCUGCAGUCAUGCUUCCAGGUGGUAAUGAAGAUGCUGAGCUGCACAGGUUAACCCAAGAAGGAGCUCUCCCACAGAGGAGAGUGGUCUGCAGAAAGGAGAAGCCAGGACUGCCACUCUGCAGAAAGGUUUGCUAUGCUGUUGGGGGCAUUCCCUACCAGAUGACAGGCAACGCCCUUGGGUUUUUCCUCCAAAUCUUCCUGUUGGAUGUUGUGCAGCUGGAGCCAUUCCAUGUCUCUUUGAUCAUUUUCCUUGGAAGAGCCUGGGAUGCAGUUACUGACCCUGCUGUUGGCUUCCUGGUCAGCAAGAGCCCAAGGAGAAAAUAUGGCAAGCUGGUCCCAUGGAUCGCAUGCUCCAUGCCAUUUGGGGUGCUCUGCUACUGCAUGAUGUGGUCCACUCUCUCGGAUGCCACCCCCACCUCCCUGAAAUUCCUGUGGUACCUGUUGAUGUACAGCUUCUUCCAGACUUGCAUGACUUGCCACCACGUGCCGUACUCUUCCCUGACAAUGUUCCUGGGAGGAACCCAAAGAGACCGUGACUCGGCCACUGCCUACAGAAUGGGGAUGGAGGUGUUCAGCACGCUUCUUGGGUCAGGAAUCCAGGGGCAGAUUGUGGGCAGCUACCAUGCCCGCAUGAUGAACAGCUGUUACGUGUCGAACGAGACCCUGCCCAACACCAGCACCUACAGCCUCACGGACUCGCUGGAGAACAUUCGUAGGGCCUACGUAUUUGCAUCCCUGGUCCUGGGAUCAAUCUAUUGCCUAUCCUGUCUGAUUCUCAUCUUUGGAGUCAGGGAAAAGCCUGGGCCCCUCAGCCCCCUGGGGAAGGUUGAGCUGCCCUUUGCCAGCUGCCUGAGGAUGAUCGUGGGACACAAGCCCUACAUCCAGCUGCUGUGUGGCUUCCUCUUUGCAUCCCUGGCCUUCCAGGUGCGAGACCUGCCAUGGCAGGAGGAGAGCUUGGGGGAUGAGAUGUCUGGGCAAGUUAUCCAGACACUGAACUUGGGACCCCCAGCCAGGAACAUCUCCAUGUUGCUUUCCCAGAUCACACAGGGGAUCUUUGCCUUCUUCUGUACUCAUGCCGCAGGGCUGGCUGGGAAGUUCCAGCAUUUAGUGCUUAUCAUGUUGGUCACAGCUUCCCUCUCUGUUCCCUUUUGGCAGUGGUUUUUGGGGAGAUUCGGAAAGAAAACAGCAGCAUCACUGGGCCUGGUGCUGAUCAUCCCAGCCCUGGCAGCCAUCACCCAGGUGAUGCACAACUUCCUGGCCUUAGUCUUCCUGGUGAUCGUGGCAGGCUGCAGCAUGGCUGUGCUCUACCUUUUACCAUGGUCCAUGCUGCCAGAUACGGUGGACGACUUCAUGCUGAGGAACCCCAGCUGCCUCAACCUGGAGGCUCUCUUCUACUCUUUUUACGUCUUCUUCAACAAGUUUGCAGGUGGCCUUGCCGUGGGGGUAUCGACGCUGAGUUUACAUUUUGCAGGUUACCAUGCUGGAGACUGUACGCACAACCACUCCGUCAUCCUCGCUCUGCAGCUUCUUAUGGCCCCGGUCCCAAUAAGCCUGCUGCUCAUUGCCAUAAUCAUCUUCCUCCUCUAUCCCAUUGAUGAGGAGAGGAGGAAGCAGAUGAGGAUGGAGAUGGAGGCAAUGGGACAUCAGGUACAGUGCGGCAGCCAAGAAUAAACCCAGGGCUGAAGUGGGUGAGUUCAUCGGGAAGGACGCGGAUUUGCUGUGCUGUCAGGAUGUGCUGCUGUCAGGGAAAGUCAUCGCUUCCUGUUGUUUUCUGUUCCCUGUCCCAAAGGCCUGCUUUGCAUCCUGACCCCUUCCCUCUCCCAGCUGGCAGGCAUGGGACAGGGAGGGGGGUCCUGCUGCAGCCCCAGCCCUGCCACCUCACCAGAGCUGCUUUCUCCCGGGCUUGGCCUCGCCAGUCUUUUGGCAGGUCCCGACAGAUCUGGGCAAGGCAGAUCCAUGCUCUCCUUCUGGGAGAGACUGCAGUGCCAGGGAGGAAGGGCCCCCGCCAGCCCCAGAGCAGUGCUCACACACACUGGCGUGUGGAGGUGUCACUUAACCUUGUGGGAAAGCAUGCACAAAGAACACAGGGAUUGUUUUUGAAAGGAAACCAUUUUUGACCAGUUUUUAGGGAGAAUACUGCCGAGAUAGUGCAUGUCUCUGUACUUAGACUGCCCCUUCACAGGGAAAGGUUUAGAAUUUCAUUGAACAAGGGUGAAGUUCAAGCCAGCGGUGUUUUAAAGCAUGUGCAGAUACAAUGACACCUGGCAGCAAGGUGGUGGAAGCCAGCUCUGUCCGUCUGCCUGGGCCUCGUUAGCUGAGUCACUUCGGGGAAACCAGGAGCUUCUCCAUGCAAGAGACCACGGGAACGGGCUGCACUGCCUCCGGCUCAGGCAGCCGGGGAGGGUUCUGGCAGCUUGUCCUGUUUUUUGCCAGCUUGGGAGGUUACAGCAGAAGUGUCAAAUGAAUGUCAAGAAGAGCUGAGUUGCCUUUAAAUCAUAGCCCAUAGCUAGAUCUCCCGCAGCAGCAUCUUGCCAGAGCUGCUCGGCACCCCCACAUCUCUCCUGGCAACAGUGAGGGGGCAGCGGGGCGAAGAGAGGAGAAAUCAGCCAUCUCGUGGCUGGUUGCCCUCAGCUGUGUUCAGCCUUGUGCAGAGGCAGAGAGUGAGGCUGGUUAUUUUUAGGGCUAGAGCUGUAUCUGACCGUUGGUUGACCUUGCAGCUCUCCAGUCUGGUGCACACUGGCAGGAUCUGAGCAAAUUACUCCCCAGUUGUGCGCUGAAUUAAUUUGAAGCCUUAAGUCUUGUGGUGCAACUUUGCGAUCAAUGGCGGAGAUCGUGUUUUAGAGCUGCGUCAGGGCACCUGCAGGAUCGUCGCAGCAGUCCAGAUUCAGAACAAUUUCUCAGAUGCACAAAAGGCCUCCUUUUCUUUCCCCCUCUUUUUUUCUUUUUUUGUUGUCUUGUUUUCUGAAGUGUGAAGGAUGUUCCUUGGGAUUGCCUGACUAAGGCUGCGGUCAGGUGUUGGGAUGCACUGCCCUCUGCCACCACGCUGCUUUCAGCCUUGCUGCCUCUGGAUUUACGAACAAGCAAGUGCCUUUGAGCGUCAAGGAAACACUCUGAUUGCUGAGAAUUUCAUAUCCUGCCGAAAGCAUGAAUUAUGUCCAAAGGGAGGCACCCCUUGGGACAGAGGAGUGGGCUUGAUCUGGAGCUCCCAACCUGCAGCAUGGGCCGUGAACGGGCCACGGGCUGCUGCAGAGCGGGACCAGACCCAGUGCAGAGCAGGGAGCUGCUGCUGGCAUGCAUGGUGCCUGCCAGCCCCACUGCUGCCUGGGGUGGUGCUUGUGUAUAUCAAAUAAUGUCCUGUUUAUUUUUUACAGCAUUAAAUCUGAAUGGUCACGCUUUUC